AUGUGUAAAUACGGAGGUUCUGAAUUGCUUUACAUGCCAAAAGAAUCACAGCGCCAGUCACCAUCCCAGCGUUCAGGCCCCUUGGGAACUGAAAUAUAUUCGAGCGAGAGUAAGAGCAAGAACCAGCGCGAGAGGAAGAACAAAGACGAGAGUAAAAGUAAGAGCAAGAUUAAGAGCAAAAGCAAGAACAAGGUCAAGAACAAGAGUGAGAAUAAGAACGAGAGCGAGAGAAAAACCAAGAACAAGAGUAAGAGCAAAAGCAAGGACAAGAGCGAGAGUAAGAACAAGAACAACAGUCAGAGCAAGUGCGAGAGCCAGAGCUAG